UGCUCACAUGUAUAUGUUGUUCUUAACAGAUUGAAGAAUGUGUAGUAUGUUCAGACAAAAAGGCAGCGGUGCUCUUCCAGCCAUGUGGUCAUAUGUGUGCCUGUGAGAAUUGUGCAAGCUUGAUGAAGAAGUGUGUACAGUGUCGGGCAGUGGUUGAGCGAAGAGUGCCUUUCAUAAUGUGCUGCGGAGGGAAAGGUACAGAAGAUACCAGUGAUGAUAUUUCAAGUGGAAACAUUCCAGUUUUGCAGAAGGACAAAGACAACACUAAUGUCAAUGCGGAUGUACAGAAGCUGCAGCAACAGUUGCAAGACAUCAAGGAACAGACUAUGUGUCCUGUCUGUUUGGACCGCCUGAAGAACAUGAUCUUUCUGUGUGGCCAUGGAACAUGUCAGCUUUGUGGAGACCGAAUGAGCGAGUGCCCCAUAUGCCGCAAGGCAAUUGAACGGAGGAUCCUUUUGUAUUAAACAGGAGCCAGUGUCUUUACUAGGUUGUGAAAGAGUAAGGACAUGUUGAUUGAUGGUUUACACCUCUGUAAGUUUAAAAGGCAGUGAAGGGUUCUGGCAAAAACAUUUCUAAUACUGUAGCACAGGUUUGUUACAUAGACAUUGUUUAAAGACUGUGUACACACCAAAUAAAAGAAACAGUAUUUGAACAGUCAGCUUGUAGCUUUACUCUUAAAAAACAUCUAAGCCUAAUGCUAAUUUAAAGCAGUCUUUUUUCAUUUUGUUUCUUCUUCUUCCCCUUAAAGUUUAAAGGGACAGUCUUAUUUUGGUUUUGUUCAUGUGUAUCAUGUACGUAUCAGAUAUCAAGUGAUGUAAGGGAAUUUUUUUUUAUAUUGUCAGAUACUACCAAACAUAAAUAUUUAGGAUUUUUUUUUUUUAUUAUUUUUUUGCUUUAUGCUUUUCUGGAGAGUGUCAACAUUUCCUGUGACAGUUCUGAUUCACAGUAAUUUCUGUCUUGAAAUACACAGUCAUUAAAAAUCAAUGCAAAAUAUAUACACAGUAGUAAUAAACAUACUGUGGCCAUAAGGUCACUCCUCAGAAUACAAUGUUAAUGUAGUUCUGACUUUAUCAUGCCCUUUCUUCCUGAGGAUGGGUUGUGUAGGAAACAGUAAAGAGAAAGAUCUGUUUUAGAAGCAUUAUGUUUCCAACCUGCACUUUAGUCUAACAGUUUCAAGCUAAGUACUUAAGUAGUGAGCUUCAUUAUUCUGCUAAUUACUUGACUUUGCAUGGAAUUGCUUUUAACUUGAGUGGAAAGGAGAACAUUAGAGCAGUGGGUCAGCUAUCCCUUUUAGAUGAGUGAAUUUGAUCUGUUGGGUAGACAACACAUACAUACAGAGCCGUUUAAAAAUUGUGGGUCUGUGAAUUCGGAAAAAACAGAUUUUGCAAAAUUUUCUUCCUUUUAAAGUGAGUUUUAUUGUCUCCACAUAAAGUGUCAACAGCAAAAGAGAAUAUUUAAUACUGAAUAUUCAUCUAAGUGAGGAACUUAUUUGUGAGCAUUACUGAGUAAUACUGCAAGUGAAGAUAUUGCUGUCAGAACAGUGAAUUUUGUGAGCUAUGCCUAGUUGAGCUGAAUUUGGCUGAAAGAGUUUGUUGUUGCUGAUGUGACAGAGAGCUAUUCCUCCUGACCCCCAAAAUGCUACUGUUAGGGAUGGCAAAUUGUUAACAUUUUGAAAACAAAUGCAUCCUCUCAUUGUUUUUGGUGGUAGAAAAUACUCUGAUUUAAGCAUCUGUAGCUUAUAAGGAAUCUGUGCUUAUUCCUAAGUGAUUCAACAGUUUUCUGAGUGCAUAGUUCAUGUAGCCCUUUGCCAUUGUGCAGACUUCACUUGGACAUGCUCUUGCAGAACAUCAAAGAAAUCCAUGCUGGAGUCACUUAGGUGCCUUACUUGCAGCUAAGAUGAAUUAAUCAUUGAAUUCUCAUUGUAUAUGUCUAAAAUAUGGACAAAAAGAUGGUUCAGGGAAAGAUCCAAGUAAGGAUAAAGAUAUAAUUGUGGUCUUUUCAGAUAAAUCAAUCUGUCUUCUGAAACUUACAUUGAUAUGCCUGAACUGUGCAAAUGUUGGCAAAUAUCUCAGAAGACUGUUACUAAUAACCUGUAAAGAUAGACAAACCUUUAAGCAAUAAGAUUUAAACAUUGAAUAAAGUUUUCCAGGAAACAAGUACAGUGAUACUUUCUUGUAAUUUCCAGUGAUUGGAAAAGUGUAUGUAGAGUGGCUUUUAACACCAUGAAGUAAUGUAAUAUACAGCCUUACAAAAGCUGUCUUUAAUCCUCAUCCAGCAUUCCAAAUGUUCCUCAUGAUUUUCAGUGUUUUUUCGUUGGACACAAUCACAAUCUGGAGUCACUGUAGUAGUCUGGUUUAUUUUGUAUACUAGUGGUCAUCUGUUCUCAGAUAAUCUGCAUCUGUAUUCUUGACCAAAUGAAGCAGCCUUCCCUUUUUUUGAUUCUUAGUUCCUAUUCUAAAAUACCAGAAUUUUUCAAGGAGUUUUGGAAAAUUUUUGAUGUAAGACCUGUUUUCAGUUCAGCAUUUUGGUAUCUCCACUUAAACUCUGCGUGCAUCUGAGUGUUCAUGGCAAUUUUAAUUUGGCCAAUAUGCAUGUCACUAAGGUUUUUUGAUUUUUGGGGGGUUUUUGUUUUGUUGUUUUUUGGUUUUUUUGUAGCAUGUUUGACAGCUGAACUUCCUGUAGCAGGCUUGAGUUUCUUGUCAGGCUUUCUCUGGAAAUACUUCUGCAAUAGGAUGUGCCAUUUGAUAAUCUAUUCUGAGUUUUAGCCUGUCAUGCAUCAGAUUUGUACCUUGAUUUCCUCUGUCUCUGGCAGACAUAUUUUGUCCUCUUAAUUCUUCAAGGGGCCCUCUGCAAACUUGUCUGCACAGGUGCAGGGUGGAUCUCUUCUUGAUAACACAACUGAAAACUGAACCUCAAUAUAGCAAGUUUGCAUUUUCCUAAUCAUUUUUUGCUUGAACAAGCCAGAAUUACUUGAAAGUGUUCCAUCUUUGCAUGGGUUGAGUAAUUCAGCUGAGUUAGAACAGAUCUGAAGCAUCCUGGGUACCCUCAAUACUUGAAUACCAUCACAGUCCUAUGGAAAUGGAGACAGUGUCUGAAGGUAUCGCUUUAGGAGGAGCUUUAGUGUCCUGUGCUGCAAUCACAGCGGAUGUAUGUGACUGCAUAGGAGUUUGUGUUUGGACUCAUUCAGCAGUGUUGUGUGCCAGUUGAAACUGAAGUCAGCUUGAUGCUAUUUCAGUGCCAAGAAAAACAACUGAAUUAGAAGAACUAGGAAAGCUGACCAAGAUACUUGAAUUAUUUAUAUAGGUCUCUUAUUGACAGAGGAAGAGCUGUAUCUUGUCUGGAGAUGGCAAUACAGUUUGCCUUUCAAAAAACUUAAUGAGGAAAAAUGCUUUCAAAUCUGGUAUCAUUUAUGGAAAUAAAUAUUUAUAUUCAGACUCUCUCUUUACAUUCACAUGUAGAAGGUGAACUUGGUGUUGUUGAGGAACCCAGUAAGCUCAUUCACUUUAUUCUUUUGUUAUCUGUGCAAUGUGCACAGAGUGCAAAUGUUUAAUUGGAUAGCACUAUUUGAAGGAUGAGGAGUUCACUUGAAAGCCAAAGGGGAUCAUAACAAGUAGUAGAAUUAAGGAAAUAUCACUGUUCAUCUGUCUUCAGCAAAAGAUUAAAGUCUAAAUUUCACCUGAGCAAAGUAAAAAUUAGAAAAAUCAGUAAGGCAUUUAUCUCGAAUUUAUUGAAAAUCAUAGAAUGUAAGGGUUGUAAGGUUUGUUAUAUCUAUUUCCCAGCAUUUAAUAGCAAUUUUAAAAUUAAAUGGAAUGAAAUAUCUUCAUUUGUUUCUUGAAACAACUAACAAGACACCUAAGAACAUGUAUUGUUCAGUGUGAGGUAUGCUGAGAUGUUUAAGUAUACUUUUCCAUUCAUUAAGAGACAUAAAUAGUCAUAUCACUCACUACACAGUAAUUUUAAGUGUAAAGGCAGCCUAAGAGGUUAACAGAAUAAACUUAAUAGUUGUAGAUUGUUGACUUUUCUAUAAUUACCUUUGACUUUUCUUUCCCCUCAAAACUUGUAUCAUCACUUUUGUGGCCCACGCUUAUAUGGCACUUCUCAAAAUCUGGGCUGCUAUUACCUACUUUCCAUUUGUUGGAUUACUGUGUAUUUCUGUGUUGGGGUUUGGACAAAUCCCUUUUUCCUGAAGUGGAUAAUAGAAACUUCAGUGGUGAGAUAGCAAACAAGUUACUUUGUAAAUGUCAAAGUUUGAUUAGAAGGUGGUGUUCUUAACUUGGGCUGAGUGAGAAUAUAGCAGUUUUGCACAAGUACUUGUGCCUUGUUAGCAUAGUCUUACAAUUGGUAGUUUAGCUUCUUUUAAAGACGUGAAAUGGUCUUUUAAAAAUAAUUAAGUACUUAUUGUGUAGAUAUUUUCUAGAGAUGAAGGUUUAUGUAUGUGUAAUUAUCUUUAGCAGUAUUAACUGCAGUUAGUAAAAACACUAAAAUGUUUGAAGAAGCUGCUUUCAGCUAGUGAUCUGAGCUUCCUCUACAAAACUAAUUGUCAAAUUUAAUUUUACUCUUCCAGUAGCAGCUGGUGAACCGAAGAGCCUAUCCUGUUCUUUGUGCUGCAUGGGUCAAGUUUUCACUUAAUAAAACCAAACCCCAACAACACUACAGUCUAACCUUUAGCAGUGCUACCUCCUUUCUGUCAAAGUGCUGAAUUCUUCUCUAGUUGUUUGUUGUCUUUGGGAAGGGAUGGGGAAUGCAUCAGUUUUCUUUUGCUUCAGUUUUGAUGUCUGAAUACAUUGCGGAGGUUUUUUUACUUUAUAAAAUUACUGUGUAAAUUGCUUACAAUAGCAGUGUGUGAUUUGCCACAAAGUACAUUGUAUACCUGUGCAUAAGUUGCUGGAAUUCAUACUGUUGUCUUUUUCUGCAUUUCAUAACUUGUUUGUGUUGACAAAGCUAAACUGUUGUCUGCAGAAGCUUUAGUAUGUGCCAUUUUUAUAGCUAAGCCUGUGGUAAAUACGCAAGUUCUGACUCAGGGCUUUUUAACAACUUAAACACAUUCACAAUAUUCUUCAGCACAUCUUGGAGAAUACUAGAGAUUUAAUGACUGUACAGUGCCUUGAUAGAACUAUUGAAUGGGCAGCAGCCAUAGGGUCUUCACAGAAUGCAAGUAUCUUUUCAAUCCAGUUAAUGAGCUGACGUUAAUAUAAUAUAGUUUUAAUGCCCUUGCCAUGGAUUUAUAUACUUGUAUAUACUUUCUGUAAAGGAAAAUGGGCAAAUUUAGAUAUUGUUAAGCUUUCUGAAAGCUUUUAAUUGUUGCACUGGUCAUGAGGAUCUGAAGGGCAUAAUACUCAAAUUCACAGAAGCAGCUUUUGUGUCAAAGACAGCUGAGAAAAUUUUCUUUAUGUGGCGUUUUUAGUGUGAGGGAGAGGUCAUUGUGUAACAUGCAAAAGUACCUGCUUUACUCUGAUCUAGUAAAUCUUUUGUAAGUGAGAGAAAUAACCAACAACAAGUCAGUAUGUUUGCAUGCCAUUUCAUUGUUAGAAAACUUUGUGUCAUUUUGAGCUUCUAGGAAAUACUUAUUUUGUCCCAACAUUAGUGUCUUUAUGAAUGCAAACUAUUUAUGUUAGAAAACAGGUUUUCCUGAAUCGCAAUGAACAUUUUUGCUUUUGUUAAAACUAAGUUUGUAUUUUCUGUAAACUGUAGAUUUCAACAUGACUGUUUAUUGGAGAAAUUUAAGGUUGCCUGUGUGAAUGUAGUGUAUUUCUGUAGGCAGAUAGCAUUAUAUAAUUGCUUAUUUUAAAACUGCUUAGCAAAGUCUAAGCUUUUCAAAGGAAAUGCUGAUGUACUGUAUGGUUAGUAAAACUUGUCAUAUAAGAUGUAUACUGACUUUUUCAAGAGAUUUGAUUUAAAAGUAUAGUUGGACUGAAUUACUGAUUUUUUGCACACAACAUUGGAAAAGGGGUGGUGGCUCAUUUGUCUUCCUCCUUCUUAGCUGUAAUGAUGUUAGAUGUCACCGUGGAAUUAGAAAAUGGUAUACCUGAAAAAAUAUUUACAAACUUGGUUACUUGUUGGCAUACAAUUUUUAAAAGUGCACCAGACUUUAUUGAGAAAUUUUGCAAUCCAAAGUUCUAAGAAACCUGGUUCUUUUAUAAUAUGUUCCUGAAGAAUGAGUUUGUGGAAGCAUCAGAAGUAUUUUGUGCCUUUGAAUCUCCAAGGUACUCAAAUAUUGUUAAAGCAGCACAGUAGAAGUUUGAAGGGUGGAUUAUGUUGUAACAGAAAGGUUGAUUUAAAAUUAUUUUUGGAUUAUGUGCAAAUUUUUCUGUAAAUAUGCAGUUCAUAGUACUGUUCUACUGACCAGAGUUGCUGUUAAGUAUAUGUUAGACUCUGUGUUUACUUGUAAUUGAAUGGCCUUUACAGAUCUGGCUACGUGAAUGUGAUCGUUAAGACAUCUCCUGCCAGAUACAGUAACUUCCAUAUUCUGAGACAACAGAUGCUGCAUCAUAGUUUGUACUUUUAGGAUUCAAUUUAAUGGAUGCAUUUGUUAAAAAAAAGUCUAUGUAAUCAAAGGCAACAAAACAAACCAGACUUAUAUGGCUUAGUGUUUUUAUUUGUUCUAGUGUACAGAUGAAAAAAGGAACUGACAGAAUAAAAAGUUUGUUGCUCUCUUUC